CUUGAAAUGGGCUAUAUACAUGUAUACAUAUUGUUUUAACGUGCUGUUAAAAUUUAAGGUUCUCCCUUUCCUCAUACUGGUGUGUGAUUCAGUUGCAGGCUCAGUGAUGUAUGUUUACAUAGUAAUCGCCAGCAGACUGCAGUCCUUUGACUAAUAGUUUGACAUAUCUGCCACUUGUAUGUAACUCACUCUUUCUGUGCCCUUAUUUGUACAACUCUCGCCCAGUCCAAACUAUUAUCAGAUGACACAGCUAACGGGUUAUUGCCUCAACUCGCAUCUCCGUUCCUGUGGGAAUUUCCUGUUGUCACACAGUAAAACGCUGGGGAUAGUAUCAUCAGUGACUGGUUUCCUCGCAAACAUUCCUCCUAAUAAUUAGGAUAUUCACUUCACUUUAUUCAAUUCAAUUGCGCAAGAUAUCAGUUCUCCUUGAAGUGCUUAAAAUCUUUUUGAGGUUCUCGUGGUUAGAUCCAAUGAAUGUUAGAUCGGGUUACAUGCCACAAAAGAACACCUGGAACUUUUCAGAGCGAGGAGCUAUAUGAAGACUAGGCUGGGAGCAACAUGGCCGUGACAACUCUGGCAGACUUGUCCGGUUCCUUAAACCACCUUCCUGGGUGCCACAACGACCCCAAGCUCCUGUACUGCGAAAACGGAGGCUAUUUCAUCCGGAUCCUGCCCGACGGAACGGUGGAAGGGACUCGAGAUCGAAGCGACAUGUACAUUCAGCUCCAGUUGCAGGCUGUGAGUGUCGGAGUGGUCGUGAUCGAGGGAAUCCGAGCCAAACGCUACCUAGCGAUGAACGAGAAGGGACAACUGCACUCGCUGCCAUCUCUGACCAACGAAUGCCUCUUCAUGGAAUCGCUGGAGGAAAACAGUUUCAACACCUACAAGUCCAAGGAAUACGCAGACAGGAAUUGGUACGUUGCUAUCCGAAAGAACGGGGCUGCUAAACCUGGACAAAAGACUGGGCAUCAUCAGAAAGCCAUCCUAUUCCUCCCCAUGCAAGUUACCAGUGAUUAACAAGAAGGAUUUGUGUUCUUUCCUGGAUCAAAGCCGCCUGUUCCUCUCUGAGCUCAAAGCUUUCGAAUGCACUGUCACUGUCAGACUCACUAAGUCAGCAGCCCACUGUGGCUACAGAUAGACCAGAAGUGGGCGGCAGGACCUGGCUUAAGCAUGUGCGGUCUUGAGGUAUUUUAUUUGCGUUGCAGAGCACUUUAUUGACCAUUCUCCCAUCGGCCUGUGCGUUACUCUGUGAUCAGAAAGUCCUUCGCUCUGUGUCUGUGUCUGUGUGCGUGCUCUUUGCCUUUGUUUAAGAAGCCAUCCGGAAUGAAUGAGACAGUCUAAUCUGUAACCAGCCCCCAAAAAUAGUAAUGCAUAUUAAUAAACUCAAUGGCGUUC